AUUGUUGGUUGUUGGCCACACUAAAAAAGAGGAGAAGCGGGAGACGAAAGCAGACGCCACAAAAUUGGUUAAAAAUUCUCAAAUCCAGGAUCUGAAAGUUAUACGGCUGAAAUGGGAAAAGAAAAGGCCGGCAAGUCCUUUAGCAUAGGCGACCUCGUGUUCGCCAAGGUCAAGGGCUAUCCGGCGUGGCCGGCGAAGAUCACCAAGUACAUAAACAAGAAGUACAAUGUUUACUUCUACGGCACUGGCGAGACGGCCAACAUCAAGCUGGAGGAUCUGUUCUCCUACGCCAACAACAAGGAGAAGUUCGCCACGGAUAAGAACAUGAAGCGCGCUAAGUUCAGCGACGCCAUCGACCAGAUCGAGAGUGCAUUGGCUGGAGAGGACUCGGCCCCUAUCGAUUUGUCCGAAGAGGGAGCCCCAACUUCCGCCACCUCUGAGCCCUCGUCUCCCACCAAGAAGUCGGAAGAGGCCACCAAGCCCGAGACUUCCACCUCCACUCCUGCUGCAGCUUCUACAAGCGAGAAACCCAAAAAGACCCCAGGAGGUGCCCGGAAAACCAAGGCACCUCCACGCCAUGUGGACGGCGAUACCGAUGCGGCAUCUGGCACCGAAGCCUCGGGCGCUGCUGAUGCUCCUCCGCCGCCGAAGCGUAAGGUUCCGCCGGAGGGAUUAAAUGCAACAGCAAGUGCCGCCUCUGCACCGGCUACAUCUGCUGCUCCAGCUGCUGGUGCCACGAACCGCCAGAAGUCCGUUAAGAAAUCGAAACCGACAGCAGCCGUAACUCCCAUCCAGAAGCGCUCCAGGCCAGUAAAUAACAUCCAAAACGACAUGUUGAUGGUAUACUUGCCGACGGCCAAGUGCUUGGGCAUUGAUCUUAACUACAACAAGCCAGAGAACUUUGAGAGUGCCGCCGCCGAGCAGGCCUGGAAGGAGAAGACGCGCAUAGAAGCCAUGGAGCUAAAGGUGAAGCUGGAGAGCGGCCAAGUCGAGCCAGAAUCUAUGCCAGAGCGCAUAAUCGUAGAGCCAGCACGCAGCGAGAUCCCGAAACAGGAGGCUAUGCGUUUCAUUGAGGAGCUAAUUGAGCAUGAGGAUAAUCUAUUCAUGGAACGUGACUUUAUCCAACUCUCCCAGCAGCUGCGCGAGUGCUUGGGACUGCGUCGAGCCAAUGUGGGCAAGUGCUUGGAGAUUCUGGAGAUGUUUAAAGACGUUGAGCUAAACAAGCUGAUGCUGUUGCGGAAUCCCGAAUGUGUGGACAUAAUGCGGCGUUUGCGUCGCUAUGUGGGCAACUUGGAACUCUGGAAAAUGGAACACUGCGACGAGGUGGAGUUUAAGGAGAAGGCCCAGAUUAUACGAAAAGUGUCCGCCUCUAUAUAUGACGGCUUUAAGGGUCUGUUCAAUUCGGAAAAUGAGUACGAAGACAACUUCUGGAUAGAGUUUUGUGAAAAAGUUAAGAUAUACAAGGCGUACACAAAGAAUAUGAAUGAGAACCUGCGAGUGGGUAUGAACGAGCGCGGCUACAACAAUCUGGUUGAGGCCAAAGAAGGCUCCACCGCCGCCGUCGCUGUCGAAGCGGCUCAAAAGUAGAUGAUCAGUGUUUUUGUGGACAAGCAAGUCCAAUUGCUAGACAUAAGACAUAAUGAAUCGAGCAUAUUUGGAGCUCUAACGACGAGUGCUAUUUGCUUAUUUUCUAGGAUUAAUUUUAAUGCAGAUUACUUACUCUGAUGACCGUGUGGAUCCCUUAUAACUAGACAUAUUCCAGCUUCCUUCGAUCCUUACUUACAUAUAUAUACCAUAUGUGUGCGUAGAAGUUCGAUGAUUAAUAAUGAAUUAAACUUAGAGGCAGUACAUGAUCCAGCCAAAACG